CCCGACGGCACUCGCACUUCCUCUCCUGAAUCCACGACCCUAGCGGCUUGGCGAGGAGGGGUAACCCUUCGCACGACAGCGCGGAGAUGGAUAAGAUAAUCUUAUCUGAUCUGCGGUGUGCGUUGCAUUCUCCAUCACGCAACCCCGCCAUCACGAGUCUUUCGGCCGUGGUGUUACAGCAUCUGCUCGGUUUAAUUACCUAAAGCUGCGAGACAGGUCAAGGCGACAAGGUGAGUUAGCCGCCGGGCGGGACUGGGGAUGUAGCAAACAGUCUUUCUAGGCAGGAGGAUGAAGAGAGAAGCACGUGUCCCCGGCCGACUCCGGCGAUGAAGGCUGGUGACAGCGAGGAAAUAAAGGGACCAGUCACCCCCGAGAGCCCCUCGCGGUAGAUGAGGUUCCUUCUCACACACUCUUCCAUUCGGAAAUGUCUGCUUCUGCUUUCGUAGAUACCCCUUUCAGUUCCUAUUUGUCUUCCAAAAUGGCUGCGCCUCAGCCCACCAUCAACGACCUCGCGGCCAAGAUCAGCGAGCUCUCGGCCGAGUUCACCCGCUUCCUGGGCGAGAACAAGAUCCCCCAGCCCACGUUUGCCGCCGACAGUGUGACGAGCUACGACGGCCUCACGUCGGAAGCUUUCCUCCUGCGUCAGAAGCUGCUGGACGCGGCGACGGAUCUCUCGUAUCUGGUCUCGGGGCCGAGCGAGAGUAUCUUCAACUACACCCACAACUGCAUGCCCGAUGCCACGGCGCUCAACAUCCUCAACCACUUUGACUUCUGGUCCGUCGUGCCCCUCGAAGGCUCGGCCUCGUACGCCGACAUCGCGAAGCACACCGACCUGCCUGAAGAGGUGGUGCACCGCGUCCUUGAGCACGCCUACACACUGCGCAUCUUCGAGGAGACGGACCCCACCAAGCCCCUGACGACGCGUGUGCGGCACACGGCGCGGUCGGCGGCGCUCGCCAAGAACGGUGGCCUCCGGGCGCUGGUCGCGGCGCUCAUGAACGACGCGGGCCCGCCGAUGACGGUGCUGCACGCGGCGCUCGAGAAGUUCCAGCGCGGGCGGACGGAGCUGAGGGAGGACAUGAGCGAGACGGCGUUCGCGCUGUACCACUCGGGCGCGCUCUGCGGCGGGUACAGCAACUCGUGGGAGCUGCUCGAGAACGACGGCGAGGGCGAGAACAAGGGCUGGCGCCAGAGGAACUUUGUGCAGUUCAUGAACUACAUCAAAGAGAUCUUCCGGCUCGAGGGCCUCGUGAACACCGCCUACGACUGGAAGGCCGCCGGUGACCUCAGCGUCGUUGACCUCGGCGGAUCCGGGGGCCACGACAGCUUCGUGCUGGCCAAGAACUUCCCCAACCUCAAGAUCACGGUGCAGGACCUGCCCAACUGCCAGUCCUCCUUCGACAAGAACAUCCCCGAGGAGCUCAAGGGCCGCGUCGCCUUCCAGGCGCACAGCUUCUUCGAGCCGCAGCCUCUGCAGGCGGACCUGUACAUGAUCAAGCUGAUCCUCCACGACUGGCCCGACGCGGAGUCGGUCAAGAUCCUCCAGGGCUUGAGGCCGGCCCUGCGGCCGGGCGCCAAGGUGCUCUUCAUCGACUACGUGGGGAAGCAAGGCGACGUCGAGGAGAACGCGGCGGCGGCGGCGGCGCUGCCCAAGUCGAUCCAGCAGAUGGGCACCUCGACGGACCUGCGGAUGAUGGCCCUGUUCAGCGCCAAGGAGCGGCCCGUCGACGCGUGGAGGCAGCUGUUCAAGAAGGCGGACGAGAGGUACGAGCUGAAGCGCGUCGAGGCGAACCCGCUGUCGUUCUUUGUCAUUAUCGAGGCCGUAUGGCGCGGUUGAGGUGGUUCGUUUGUUUACGACGGGUAUUAUGAUAUCGGACUUAGGAACGUAGAUGAAUGAAUGAAGAUUUCAGUGCUAUCUCAACACCCGGCCGUGACUGAGCC